AUGAGCUUCAUUGGUCCAAAGUUGAUACAACGCAUUGAUAUAAGGUUACAUGAGGCAUUCCCUGCCCAUAACCAGCUCCCAUUUGGAGGACGCUCAAUCAUUAUCUUUGGUGACUUGGGCCAACUACCACCUGUCAAAGACAUUCCUAUGUAUGCUUCAACUUCAUAUGGAGGGACACUAUGGCGUAGCUUCAUAACAAUUAUAACAUUGAAAAAAAUAUUUUGUCAAAUUGGAGAUCAACCUGCACAAAUUGCCUUUCGUGCACUUCUCUCCAAUUUACGAAAUGUAGAACCCACUAUUGCAGAUUGGCAACUUUUACUGUCUCGAGCAAAUUCAACACUUUCCUCUGUAGAGCAAUCUUUAUUCUUAUCAUCCACACACUUAUUUGCAACAAAUGAAAUGGUAUCACUACAUAACAAACGCAUGUUGUUGGCAAAGCCUAUUGCCCUAUCUACUGCAGAACAACUCAAGGAAAUCACAUGCUCAAAUCCUGAUGAGGAACAACUUGAAUCUAAGAUCCUCUUAUGUAUUGGCCAGGAAGUUAUGUUAUCUGCCAACUUGUGGGUGGAAACAGGACUUGUCAAUGGUGCACUUGGACAAGUCAAAGAAAUUGUAUAUAAUGGUGGUGAAAGACCACCUGAACUCCCCUUAUUUGUUGUUGUUCAAUUCAAAAAAUACAUAGGCCCAGUUUGGGACCAAGACAACUCAAAAAAUAUCCCUCUUAUUCCAAUAAGUCGUGGUCUUCGACGUCAAAUACCACUAAAAAUGGCAUGGGCCUUAACAAUUCACAAAUCACAAGGGCUGACACUUCAAAGAGUGACAAUCGACAUCGGCAAUACAGAUCGUCAAGGGUUGACAUUCACAGCAAUUUCAAGGGUCCGUGACCUUGCAAGUCUUCGCAUACACCCUCCAUUCACAUUCCAAAGAUAUUCACGUAUACAAAAGAGCCCAUAUGUUGCUCGGCGAAAACAAGAAGAGGAACAACUGACAACGUUAUCAAAUGAAAAUACUUCUCCAGCGUGA